AUGUUCAUUUACAACUCGGUUACACUGUUGUAUUUGUGUAAGAAAAUUCCGCUUGGACAGACAUGUACCUUUACGAGCCUCCCAGUAAACUUACUCUGACUUCAGUAGAAGAAUUUCAAGAGGCUUUCCAGCUGUUCGACAAUCGUGGCGAUGGAAAAAUUCAUGUUGCUCAAAUCGGAGACGCACUCAGAGCUUUAGGACAGAACCCCACCGAGUCUGAUGUAAAGAAAUAUACUCAUCAGCAUAAACCCGAUGAAAGAGUAUCAUUUGAAGUAUUUUUACCUAUAUAUCAACAAAUUUCUAAAUCGAGGAGUGCAGAUACGGCCGAGGACUUUAUUGAAGGCCUACGUCAUUUCGACAAGGAUGGUAACGGUUACAUUAGCUCUGCCGAACUUCGCCAUCUUUUAACCACAUUGGGUGAAAAACUCACCGAUGAUGAGGUUGAACAGCUGUUGCAGGGUCAAGAAGACUCUCAGGGAAAUGUGAACUAUGAAGAGUUUGUCAAACUAAUUAUGUCAGGCUAGAUAUCUUAAAUUGUAUGCCAGCAAAGCAUUUAUUAUAAUUUAUUAAUUUAAAUUUUAUAUCCACGA